CCAUCAUCCUCAAGCACCUUAUACCUAAGGGAGUUUCGUUGCUUGAGAUAUCAAAGAUGGUUUCAAAGAGCAAUGCUUCACUAGUUCUCUUUCUAGCCCUUAAUCUUCUCUUUUUUGCCUUGGUGAGUGGGUGUGGGACUUGCGGUAGCCCAAGCCCUAAACCGACACCAAAACCAACACCAACACCAACACCAAAACCAACACCAACACCAACACCAACGCCAAAGCCAAGUAAACCUACCUGCCCUAAGGACAUUUUGAAACUAGGGGUUUGUGCUAAUCUGCUUGGUGGAUUAGUUGGAGUCCAAGUAGGUUCCCCACCGGUUAAGCCAUGUUGCACCCUCAUCCAAGGCCUUGCUGACACUGAAGCUGCGGUUUGCUUAUGCACUGCCAUUAAAGCUAAUGUGUUGGGGAUCAAUCUUAAUGUGCCUGUUUCUCUCAGCUUGCUUCUUAAUGCUUGUGGCAAGAAAGUCCCAAGUGGCUUCAAAUGUGCCUAAGUAAACCAGGAUAUAUAUGUGAUCCAUGUCUCUUGAUUUCGUUAUUGAAGUUUCAAUUAUCUUUACUAAGAGCUUAGUUCUUUAGGCUCAUGUGGUCACGUUACUUUCUUUCUGUUGAUGAAUAUACAUCAAAUUAUUGUAUGAAAUUCUGCUUUAUAAUUGUAACUUUUUGGAGAAAUAAAGAUAUAGUUUGUGUUAUGUUGAA